UUUUAUUGUACAUAUUUGAGAUUUUAAUAUCCAAACAUCAAAGGCACGUUCCUCUCUAAAAUGUUGAGAACCAUGUCACUACAAUAUCUGAUCCAUAUCAACAAUUUGUUAGAACUUUUACCUGUAUAUUGAAUGCUAUAUGUCAAUACCUCUUUUAUAUUACGUUGAUGUACAUGAAAAUACAGGUCAGCUAGUCAGCAGCAUUUGACAGAAGAUGAGUGAUAAUGCUCAGACUGGAUUUAACAAGGCCAGCAAAGGAGGACUUAUUUAUGCUGGAUAAAAUUGUGACAUCUCAGGUGCUUCAAAGUGAACUGAAGGGAAACAAGAUCCAUGACGAACAUCUGUUCAUCGUCACACAUCUAGCCUAUGAACUGUGGUUUAAACAAGUUCUUUGGGAGCUGGACUCAGUGGGAGAAAUCUUCAUCAGUGGGCAUGUCCGUGAUGAGCGAAACAUGCUCAAAGUUAACACUCGCAUCAACAGGAUUGUGAUUAUAUUUAGACUACUGCUGGACCAGUUUGCUGUUCUAGAAACCAUGACUGCCUUAGACUUCUUUGACUUUAGGGAAUAUCUCUCGCCAGCCUCAGGUUUCCAGAGUCUGCAGUUUCGACUGCUGGAAAACAAGAUUGGGGUUCCACACAACCAGAGAGUUCCCUACAAAAGAAGGCAUUACCGGGACAAUUUCCGUGACCAAGAAAGUGAGCUGCUUCUUCACUCAGAGCAGGAGCCCACUCUACUUCGGUUAGUGGAGCAAUGGCUAAAGAGAACUCCAGGCUUGGAGGAAGAUGGCUUUAACUUCUGGUGGAAACUGCAAACCAAUAUUUUUGAAGAGCUCAGGAAAGAGAAAGAAAAAAUAGAGCAAAAACCAGACUCAGAGAUGAAAGAAGAGAUGAUGGCAGAGUUCAUUAAGCAGAGAGACAUUUUCUCUUUGAUGAGAAGAGACAUGAUCACUUAGUACAGGUCAGAGGAGGCUGUCCUAUAAGGCACUACAGGAAGCCCUGAUGAUCUACUUUUAAAGAGAGGAGCCUCGAUAUCAGGUUCCGUUUCAACUUCUGACAUCUCUGAUGGACACUAUCACCCUCAUGACAAAAUGGAGAUGUAUGUAAAACCACUGAAACUGAGCAAAUGUGAAUUUCAUUGCCAUCACAGAAAAUACAGAACAAAGGAUUUUUUCCCCCAUGCAUUCUGAAAAUACUUUUACUUACUGCAUAAUUUAUACCUGAAUUUUCCCUUAAAGAACCAUGUUUGUAUGGUGCACAGAACGAUUGGCAGCAAAGCUAGCACAGGUGGCUCAUCAGGCUAUCAAUAUAUGUGCUCCACUGUCAGGUAGGUCAAAUAAUCCGAGACAAACCCAGUUUUAUACAGAAGCACUCUGCAUGCUUUGGCUUCAGGAGUCUCUGUUAUAAUUAUCCAAAUAAAACAUAAUGCUUCAAAAUUGUCUGAAAUGUACAGCACUAUGUAAACAAAAGUUCCUGACAAGUCUUAUUCAGUCUUAGAUUUGACAACGAGUGUGUUGUUUCAGUGAUCGUUACAAGUUGUUUGUGGAUCUGUUUAUCCUGGCCAUCUUCCUGGUUCCAAGGGAACAGGUUAAGCUGAAACCAAACGAGCACAGCUUCCUGUACACCGCUGAAUGCUGUGACAGCUCCUACUGCAGCAGUAACAACUCAGACUAAACAGGGAUGAAGAAACUGAUGGGCAAGGGGUUUGCAGACUAUGAGAAAAAGAAAAACGGGAUCAAAAUGUACUUGAAGCCUACUUAGCAAUAUUUAUGUCUAAUACUGCAUUAGUACAGUAAUACUUCAUAUACUGUAUACCAUCAUCAGUAAAUGAUAGAAAGAGAAGCUACAUGCCAUGCUAAUUUUAUGGAUGUUUCAGAAUUCCACUCUUCUAACCUUGUGAAUUGAAGCAUGGUGUCACCAUAAUAGCUAAAUCAGUGAUACUGUUGAUGCACUUGUGUAUAUAGUCUAUAUAAUGUAAUAUAUCAAUUGUAUGUGAGGUUAAACAAUUUAAUUUUGUAAAUAAAUAUAAAACACAUAUAAA